CUGAAAUCUCAUUUUGACAUUCCAAAGUCUGUCAACAAAGUUAUUUGUAGGUCAAUCGGAAUCUUAAAGGCUUAUGGCGUUAAGCAAAGCUUUAUUUUCAAGUGACAGAACAAGAUUUGUACGACUUGCAUUAGUAAUAGUUGAAGAACUGACGCCAGUUUUACGAGAUGUGAUUGAAAAUGAAAUCUCUUCCAACGUUAUAUACAAUCUGGUAAAAUCGAAUAAAACAUUACUUAAGAAACUUCGAAACGAUCAGCUUUUAAUCAUCCAAAAUGCCUCCAAUGAUGGAUACAGGGACUUUGACAUUAAUCUACUUUAUACAUUAAUACGCAACCUUUGCCCAAGUAUCCCACCCCCCACACAAGGAUGGGGGAUCUCAGAAUUACCAACGCAAGGAGAAACAAGCGUUGGAGAUGACAUAGAACGUAUUCGCUUAAUAAAAAACAAUCUAUACAGCCAUGCCUCUUCAACAUGUAUUUCCGAAACAGAGUUCACUGAUUGUUUGACAGUCAUUAGUAAUGUGUGUCAAAGAAUGGGGAGCCUCCUACAUAAAAAUUACGUUCAGAGUCUCCAAAAAUCUCAGCAUCGACCACUUGAUGAGGAAUUAGAGAAGAAGUGGAUGGAAAAAAUAAAAGAAUCAUGUGAAAGAGAAAAGGAUAUAUUGGAAGUAAUUGCAACAAUGGCGGGCUCAGUAGAAAGAUUAGAAAAAGGAUUGUUUUCUGCCACUGCAACAGUAGAUGCUACAUUGACAGACCCAGCAAAGAAUGAAGUAGCCGUGCUUUUUCUAAACACAACAAGUGACCUUCUGAAUCAUAUCGUAGACUGUAUCGACGAGCAUAUCACAGAAUAUGAGCUUAGAGAACUUUAUGACACAAUAGAGGAGUUUCUCAAGGACGAAUCAAAAGAAAUAACACUAUCUUUACUCAAACCAUUCCUCGAAAAACUGUCAUCAAAAAUAAAAACCUAUGCCAACACACAUUUACGAAAGUUUAAUAUUUUGCUCAAAUUUACAAAAUUCAUACUUGAUUUAAAUAGAAAGUACGGUGCUGAAAUAGGAAGCAGGAUUGGCAGUCUACUAUUAAAGCUGACAUUUCGCUCAGAAAAAGGACUUGAAAUUUAUAACAAGGACUUAGAGGGAGGAGAUAUUGGAAAAAUGAUCCUUGAUUUACUUCUAUAUCCUCCAUACCUUGCGUGUUUUGAUUUGCAGACCGAAAAUUUGAUUAUAUUACUUAAUAAUCAAAUAAUCUAUCAUAAUACUGAUAAAGAACAGUUUGGUGGCCGUCUUACAAACAAAGCGGACGGGUAAAUAUGUGAAU